AUGUGGCCAAACCGUCUUCCGUCUGGUGAGGGUGAUAUGCGUGUGAAGCAUGAGGCAAAGCCCGUCACAAGUGGCAUCAAGUAUGCAAUGAACUGUUUCGUCAACAUUCAUCGUCAACGCGACACGAGCAGCAUCACGGUGCUCCAGCAGAGGGAAAACGACGAGCCUGUGAAGCUUCCGAGCUGA